UGUAAGAGAGCACCACUUCUGCCCUCAAAGACAUUGUUUACAACCAAAACACUAACCAUUUGUUUGUCUCAAGCGUUGAUUUAAUUGGAUUUGUGGACACAAAUUAUGGCCGCUUUUAGCGCAUUGAGAGGCGUUCAGCGGUUGGAUCUGAUCCGCAGACUCUUCAAAGGUGAUGUCGCUGUGACCGGACGUCGUGUGCUCUCCGGCGACGCGUUCCCAAUGCGUCCGUCGAUCUGGGGAUGGCGUAAAUUCAAAGACUUCCUCCACUUCUACGUGAUGUUGGGAGUGAUUCCGUUGACAAUACUCACC